CCCAUCGGCGCUGAGCUGUAAUCAAGGCCCUGCUGCAGAGGGAGGUGCUGCUGCUGUAGCUGAUCCUCCGGAAAGAAGCGCUUGGCGCCUGCCCGUCCGUCCCGGCUCUGUCGGCCGGCAGGCACUGCGCUCCGAGGCCAUGGAGCUAGCGGACGGCGUGGUGUACCAGGAGGACCCGGGAGGCCCCGGCCCGGCCAUGAUGUCGGAGCGGGUGUCGGGACUGGCGGGCUCCAUCUACCGCGAGUUCGAGCGGCUCAUCGGGCGCUACGAUGAGGAGGUGGUGGCCGAGCUGAUGCCACUGGUGGUGGCCGUGCUGGAGAACUUGGACUCGGUCUGCGCUCACAGUCAGGAGACCAGCGUGGAGCUCGAGCUGCUGCGGGACGACAACGAGCAGCUCCUCACCCAGUACGAGCGGGAGAAGGCGCUGCGGAAGCAGGCCGAGGAGAAAUUUAUUGAAUUUGAAGAUUCUCAAGAACAAGAAAAGAAGGACCUGCAGAUAAAAGUUGAAGCUUUAGAGUCACAAACUCGGCAACUUGAACUGAAAGCAAAAAACUAUGCUGAUCAAAUUAGCAGACUGGAAGAGAGGGAAGCAGAACUGAAGAAGGAAUACAAUGCUCUUCAUUCAAGACAUACAGAGAUGAUUCAUAAUUACAUGGAGCACUUGGAAAGAGCCAAGCUUCACCAACUGUCCGGGGGUGAUCAACUAGAGCCCAUCAUGCACAGUAGAAUUAGCAGAAAAGAACGUCCUAUAUCACUCGGCCUCUUCCCACUACCUCCAGGAGAUGCACUUCUUACACCUGACACUCAGAGAGGAGCACUGGAAACUCCUGGGUCAGACAGUUGGAAGUUCCACGAACUAAGUCAGCCACGCUCUCACACCAGCCUAAAGGAUGAACUUUCUGAUAGCCAAGCAGGUUCAAAAUCUACUACGCCAAUAUCGACUGCUGCUUCAGAUGCACUUGCACCUGCUGAAACUCCCCUGAAUGAAGACAAUGAAGGACUUGUGAAGAACUUGGAGACAGGGAACAUAAAAUUGGACAUAAGUAAGCACACUGAAGUACAGGUAGCUCAAGAAACAAGAAAUGUAUCCAUUGGUUCUAAUGAAAAUGAAGACAAAUCUGAAGUUCAGGCAAUCAUUGAAUCCACCCCAGAGCUGGAUAUGGAUAAAGACCUUAGUGGAUAUAAAGGUUCAAGCACUCCUGCCAAAGGCAUAGAAAACAAAGCAUUUGAUCGUAAUACAGAAUCACUCUUUGAAGAGUUAUCUUCUGCUGGCUCUGGUCUGAUUGGGGAUGUGGAUGAAGGAGCCGACUUGCUGGACCAUGAUUUUUUUGGAAUGGGCCGUGAAGUUGAAAACCUUAUUUUAGAAAACACACAGCUGCUGGAAACCAAAAAUGCCUUGAAUGUGGUGAAGAAUGACUUAAUUGCAAAAGUGGAUGAACUAUCUUGUGAGAAAGAUGUACUAAAAGGAGAGUUGGAAGCUGUCAAACUAGCCAAACAAAAGCUUGAAGAGAAGAACAAGGAAUUGGAGGAGGAACUUAGAAAAGCCCGAGCAGAAGCAGAAGAAGCAAGGCAAAAAGCAAAGGAAGAGGAUGAUAGUGAUAUUCCUACUGCUCAGAGGAAACGAUUCACUCGGGUUGAGAUGGCACGUGUCCUGAUGGAAAGAAAUCAAUAUAAAGAGAGGCUGAUGGAGCUUCAAGAAGCAGUGCGAUGGACUGAGAUGAUACGGGCAUCAAGAGAAAAUCCAGCCAUGCAGGAGAAGAAGAGAUCAAGCCUUUGGCAAUUUAUGCCAACUGGUUUUAGCAGGCUUUUCAGCUCCUCGGGCACUACUGCUAAGAAACCAGAACCACCAGUAAAUGUUAAAUACAAUGCUCCAACCUCUCACAUUACUCCAUCAGUCAAGAAAAGAAGCAGCACUUUAUCUCAGCUACCUGGUGACAAAUCAAAAGCCUUUGACUUCCUCAGUGAAGAGACUGAGGCCAGUCUUGCCUCACGUAGAGAGCAGAAGAGGGAACAAUACCGCCAAGUGAAAGCACAUGUUCAAAAGGAAGAUGGCAGAGUGCAAGCUUUUGGUUGGAGUCUUCCUCAGAAAUACAAACAGAUUGUGAAUGGCGGCGGCCAGGGUGAUAACAAGAUGAAGAAUUUACCUGUGCCUGUUUACUUGAGACCACUUGAUGAAAAAGAUACAUCCAUGAAGCUGUGGUGUGCUGUUGGAGUUAACUUAUCAGGAGGGAAGACGAGAGAUGGAGGUUCUGUCGUUGGUGCUAGUGUCUUCUACAAUGAUGUAGCAGCUCUGGAUGCCAACAGCAACGAACAGAGAAGUGCAUCUCAGAGCAGCCUGGAUAGAUUAGAUCAGGAACUCAAGGACCAGCAGAAAGAACUGAAAAAUCAGGAGGAACUAUCAAGCCUUGUUUGGAUCUGUACUAGCACUCACUCUGCUACAAAAGUGAUCAUUGUGGAUGCUAACCAGCCAGAAAACAUCCUAGACAGUUUCAUUGUUUGCAAUUCUCAUGUACUUUGUAUAGCUAGUGUGCCAGGGGCAAGGGAAACUGACUAUCCUACAGGAGAAGAAGGGUCACAAGAAACAGACUCUGGUAUGGUAGACAAGUCGUCUUUGUGUAGCAGUAUGAACAGCAACAGUUCAGCAGAAACAGACAGUCUGUUAGGAGGAAUCACAGUAGUUGGUUGUACUGCAGAGGGUAUUACAGGGCCUUCUACUUCCCACAACGCUAAUGAUGCCUCACCUGAGGCAGAUAAGGAGCCAGAGGUUGCUGCUGAAGAUGAUGAUGCUGUAGAUGAGAAUGUCCAGACAGCAGAGGAAGCAACAGAAGCAACAGAAGUCAAUGCUGGUUCAGGAGAAGAAGGAGUGGAUGUUGCACAAACUGGAGUCUACACAGAGCAUGUCUUCACAGAUCCUUUGGGAGUUCAAGAUACUGUAGAGGGUUCUCCAGCAUAUCUGCCUUGCAGUGAAUCAGACUUGUAUAAAGAUGUUGCUGUGUUGCCAAAUGAGCAGGAUCUCGUCAGAGAAGAAGCUCAGAAAAUGAGCAGCCUUUUACCAACUAUGUGGCUUGGAGCACAGAAUGGAUGUUUGUAUGUUCAUUCUUCAGUGGCUCAGUGGAGGAAAUGUGUCCAUGCCAUUAAACUUAAAGAUUCUAUACUCAGUAUAGUACAUGUAAAAGGAAUAGUAUUAGUUGCACUAGCAGAUGGAACUCUAGCAAUAUUUCACAGAGGAGUAGAUGGGCAGUGGGAUUUGACCAACUAUCACCUUCUAGAUCUGGGCCGACCUCAUCAUUCCAUCCGAUGUAUGACUGUGGUACAUGAUAAAGUCUGGUGUGGCUACAGGAAUAAAAUCUAUGUGGUUCAACCCAAAGCCAUGAAAAUAGAGAAAUCAUUUGAUGCACAUCCAAGGAAAGAGAGCCAAGUGAGACAGCUGGCCUGGGUGGGAGAUGGAGUGUGGGUGUCCAUCCGUUUAGAUUCCACACUCCGUCUUUAUCAUGCACACACAUACCAACAUUUACAAGAUGUGGACAUUGAGCCCUAUGUAAGCAAAAUGCUAGGUACUGGAAAACUGGGGUUUUCAUUUGUGAGAAUCACAGCUCUUAUGGUAUCCUGUAACCGGUUAUGGGUUGGGACAGGGAAUGGUGUCAUCAUCUCCAUACCACUAACAGAAACUGUAAUCCUCCACCAGGGACGUUUACUGGGGCUGAGGGCUAAUAAAGCAGCAGCAGGUUCUGGCAAUCGUCCAGGCAGUGUAAUACGUGUCUAUGGCGAUGAAAACAGUGACAAAGUGACGCCUGGAACAUUCAUACCUUAUUGUUCAAUGGCACAUGCACAACUUUGUUUCCAUGGGCAUCGUGAUGCGGUUAAAUUCUUUGUUGCAGUCCCUGGUCAGGUUAUUUGCCCCCAGGCGGGAGGAAGUCCAGAUGUGUCAGGUGAUAAAAUGAUGCUCACUUCACAGGAAUCCAACAGCCAAGCUUCUUUGAAAUCCAUGUUGGUAAUAAGUGGAGGAGAAGGAUACAUUGACUUCAGGAUGGGUGAUGAAGUUGGUGAAUCCGAACUCCUCGGAGAGGCACUACAACUUGAGCCUUCUGUAGCCAAAGCAGAGAGGAGCCACCUGAUAGUGUGGCAAGUAAUGUGUGGCAAUGAAUAGCACCCCCAGCUCUGUGGAAAGUGGCUCGAGACUUCAAAAACUUUUUGCAUGUCUUUGGUUUUCAUUUUAUUUUUUGCAAAACCCAUUUCACUGCGUACAGUCUGAGCAUUCCUUUGCCAUUUGGCUUUAUAUCACAAACCUCUCAAACCUUAACAAUACAGGAAUUGGCUCAUGCUGUUUUACUGCAUCAAUGUUAUGUAGCAAAAAAAGAUCUGUUUCCCCUAAACAAACAGAAGCUCUGCAGCUUUACUGUAUUGCACCGUCUCUGUCUGUAGCAGAAUUUGUCAUUUGACAGUCAGUUUUUUACCACAAAUUGAUUUUAAAUGUUAGAACAUCUUUUGUUCAUCUGCAGAACAUUUACUGAGUAAAACAGCAAAGUUACUUUCAGCAAAGUAUUUUAAAAAUAUCAGCUGAAUUAUAAUCAAGCUUCAUUCUGCACAUUCAAUGAGGGCUAAAACGAGUUAUGUCUUUACAUGGUUGUUUUGAAAUCCUACCAGUCUUGUUUACCUCACUGUACUGAAAUGUCCUUUGCUCAUAUCAGAACCCUGAAAAAGGCAGAGGUGGUUAUAUAGACACAGACCAAUAAUAACUUGUUUCAUGAUUAAUUAUUGUAAUAUGCAAGAUGAGAAAGGCACUGUCCCUUGAUGGUGAGGGUCAUGUCUUUUGUGGGAAGAAUCUUUUCAUGCUUCCCUUCCUUUUACGUUGGGAACGUUUAAAGUAAUCUCAAAGGACAGGUUUAGGAUGAUUUUCAAACUACAUUUCUGUUCCUUGAGCAGAGGUCAGAUUGUUUUUGGCACAUCUUUCAUCUUGGACCUUAGUUGGUCAGUUUCAUGGCCCCUUGUAUAGAAGGGCUGCAGCAGUAGAAGAAAAUCAGCUGGAAGCCCCAAUGGCUCAUAUUACGGGGGGGGGGGGAGUAGAAAAUAGCCCUAACAGACCUAAAAUGCAUUGUUUUUCAUUAACUAAUUAAGCUCUAUGUUACAUUUUUCUUCUGUGAACUGAAUAAGCAACAGACUGGCAAUUACUUGCAUAUUUGAAGCCACAUAACUUUAUGAUGCCAUUGUACAGGGUCUGAGAGUCUCUUCCAGAGUUGGAGGAUACCAAGAAAUAGCUUGGCAAAACUCAGCUGAAUGCUACACUUUUGAAUUCCCUAAAAGAUAGAAAAUCUUCCCAAUACUAUUCCAUAUCUUGUAAAGUAUGAAUUAAAAGAUUAUUAUUCAGCUAGUGCCCACCAAGAGACUGGGGCUAUUCCUAUUAGAUGGGAGCUGAUAAUAUAGUUAAGUGACAAUGGGAAAAGUUCAAAAGUGUUUAAAAACAAAACAAAAAUGAAAUAAAAUUAAACUGCCUUGAAAAACUGCCUAAACAUUUUAUGCAAUAAGCUGAGGUCUAUUGUGUAAAUAUUUAUUUAGGCAGCUUUUUUAAAAUGUGCAUCUUACCUGAUAAAAUUCAGCAAAACUCCAUUCAGGUCUCAUGGGUAUAGAUAGGUUUAUAUGUAAAAGUACUUUUUAAGAGCAUAUUUUAUACACAACUGGUUGGUUCUGGUCAGUAUAUAUUUAGGCCUUCAUGUGUGGUUAAAAAUCAAGUCUAAUACCUUGGUAGUAGAAUUUUUUUCUGCCAGUUUGCCAAAAGCAAUGAGUGAUCACAGUUUACUCUCAAAAUUUUUAGCUUGACUGAACUGUUCUUAGAAAAUUCAGAUCCAGAGGAUCAUGUGGCUUUAUUAUCUUGCUUUUUUUUCAAAUAGCAAUCACACAUACACCAAACUCAUGCUGAGUUGCAACUUCAAACACUUUUUUAGAUGAGAGAGAUUAAAAAUAAAUUUGGAAGAUGGUGUUCAGCAGAAAAACAAAAAACAAAGAAGCCUUCACAGCAUAUGACUCAAGAUGCAUCUUUAGGGUUCUUUGUUGUCCUCUAAGCUUUCCAAGCUCUGUAUGGAGCUCUUCAUCUUGGAUAUCCAGAUGAAACUCUUGCUAUUUCUUCACAGUAGUGUGAGCCUGUUACUUGGGGCACUGCGCACCCCCACCCCCCAUGCACACACACUUUGGGUAGUGCUUUUAUUUAAAAUGAUUGUAUUGUUUCUCUGAAGUGCUUCACUGCUUUCAAACAGAUACAUCUGGGCAGCAUAUUAACGUCUUACCAGAUCUAUUGGGUGAACUGCCAUUCUGUUCUCUUUGGAUCAACUGCUAUUUACAGUAAAAGAGAUGAGAGUUCAGCGGAGACUUCAGUGCUAUUAUCAACACAAGUGGGAGACUGACAUACAUUCUCUUGCCCUUACUUAAUUUUAAAAUGUAGCCCCUGUUCUAAGGAAUAGCCGAUUUAGAAGGUGGGAGUCAUCACCAUUCACUGAGAUUUAUACACUUCCUGUUGCCAAGCACUUUUAAGGGAAGGUUGUAAACAUGGUAAUCUCAUGCAUCAGGUGAUUGCCUGAAACACAGCCUUGAGAAUGUCUUAUGUUAUCACAUACUCAUAGUUUUAAAAAAAUCAGGGCUGGGAAUGAAUCUCUUGGUAGUUGACAGUUUUAUUAAUAGUUUGAGAGAGCAUUUCGAGCACAAAAAUAUGCGGCACAUGGUUUGUCUGAGGUAAAUGUGUCUUGCAUGGUAAAAGGCAAAAGAGAAUUUAUAUAUCCUGCCAUACUGUUCAUUUCUUGUAAGGUCUUCCUGCGUUGGAUCAGUUAGAACUGGCAGAGUGUAGACACUUUAUCAUAGGCUGCCUUAGUAACUCAGAAAUGUUUUAUAAUUUCUAAUAUGCUAACUGUUCUAAAGAACACAGUGUCUUGAAGAUAAUGUGUAACUGAAUAUUUAUUUCCAAGUGAGUAUUAUGAAAGUUACCAAAGGACUGAAACUGACUUGGCACUCUUGCAAUUGACCCUUGUGCAUACAGGAUCUCGUGAAGAUCUUAAAUGUGUACAAAUGACACAGAAUGGAGAGAACACAUUCUUUGUGGAUGCUAACUUUAUUUUCCUAACAGGGUUAUGCCAUAUUGUAACAGUCUAUGUUGCACCUCAAAAUAUUGUUCUAUACACUAAAUGUUUUUCUUCCCUUCUAAUAAUUUCAUUGCUGCACAUUUCUCAGUCUUUUAAACAUGUUUUAAAACCUUUUAUGGUCUUUACUUUUUUUGGAAAAUGUCUAGACACUUUAUGCUGAAUCUUACUUGCCUCUGUAACCUUGAGAUGGAUACUGCAGCGUUAAACUUGCUGUCUGUUUAAAAUUUGAGGCUUCUUUUCUGUGAGCCAGAAAAGCUCA